AAUUGUGCUUGUGCAAUAGUGAAGUUCAUUUUUUUUGGAAGUUUAAACGCGUUCCUUGUGCCGGGGUUUUAAAUUUGAUUUCAAAAAAUAACAGUAAUUCGCGAUAGCCUACUUUUUUUGCUUAUUUUUUAAAGCUGAUUUUUUAUUGUUGCAAUGCAAUAUUCGCGGAACCAUUAACAACAACAACAUAAUUCAACAUUCAAGUGCAAAGCAAAUAAAAAUUAAACCUAUAUCAAAAAAGAAAUAUAGAAACUAAACGAAAAAAAAAACAAGAAAAAGAAUUUUUUGUCUUGUCCAGUGGAAAAAAAUCAACAGGCAGCAGCAACAACAACAAAAUCAAGUUCAAAAUUUGUUAAAAAGACCAACAAAAUGUCUGCUACUAUAGUGCAGAAAUCUACGGCAGUGGUCAAUUCGCAUUUUUUCGAGUGCGGCGACAUAUUCCAGGCGGUGGCCAGCGACCGUGAUCGCGAUCAUCUCCAGCAGCAACAGCAGCAGCAGCAGCAAGUGGAGCUCGUCCUGGACAGCAGCAGCAUGGAUCAGCAACAUCAGCAGCAGCCACAUCGCCUCCAUGGCGCCCUCACACGCACCAUUUCACAGCCGGCCCAGCAGCGGCAUCAGCUCAUUCAGCAACAGCAACAGCAGCAGCAGCAACAGCAACAGCAGCAGCAGCAGCAGCAACAGCAACCGGUGGCCAGCCUGGUGACCAUCAUGGAGAGCCUGGGCAACAUGAACCUACACCGCAAGCUGGAGCGGACGCAGUCGGAGCCACUGCCCCAGCAGCCGAUGAACACUUCCAGGUACAAGACGGAGCUGUGCCGUCCGUUCGAGGAGGCCGGCGAGUGCAAGUACGGAGAGAAGUGCCAGUUCGCCCAUGGCUACCACGAGCUGCGCAACCUGCAGCGCCACCCGAAGUACAAGACGGAGUACUGUCGCACCUUCCACAGCGUCGGCUUCUGUCCCUACGGGCCGCGCUGUCACUUCGUGCACAAUGCGGACGAGGCCCGUGCCCAGCAGGCUGCCCAGGCGGCCAAGUCCUCCUCCCAGUCGCAGCAGCAGCAGCAGCAAACCCAAUCGCAGUCGCAGCAGCAGCAGCAGCAAUCGUCGCCGAACUUCCCGCCGAAGAGCAACCAGAGCAACAGCAGCAGCAGCAGCACCAGCAGCAGCAACAGCAGCAAUCACAGCAGCAACAGCAGCAAUGGCAACAACAACAGCAAUGGCAACAACAACAACAACAACAGUAGCAACAACAGCAGCAGCCAGUUCUACUUGCCGCUAAGUCCACCGCUGAGCAUGAGCACAGGAUCAGACCGGGAAUCGCCCACCGGAUCGCUGUCGCUCAGUCCCACCAACUCGCUGACCAGCUUCCCGUUCCACGACGCCUUGCCGCUGCAGCAGGGCUACCUGGCCUCCAAUGGCGGCACCAGCAACAGCUCCGCCUCGUCCACGUCCUCGGCCUCGGGAUUGGGUCUCGGCAUGACCAUGACCAUGGGCAUGGGCAUGGGCAUUGGCAUGGGCAUGGGACAGCAGGGCAUGGGGAUGAACCAUCAUGGACCGGCCACGCCGCCCGAGAGUCCCAAUGUACCGAUUUCGCCGGUUCACACGCCGCCACCGUACGAUGUGGUUAGCGGAGGAUCGGGAAACGGUGGCAAGCAGAUGCUGCAGAAGAGCAUCAGCACGCCGAUGCAGCAGGAGGAGACGCCCAGGCUGCCGGUGUUCAAUCGGCUGAGCUCCGCGGUGGAGGCCUACCAGCAGCAGUCCAACCUGGGACUCUAAGCAGAGCUCGGUCCACGAACCACGAGCCACGAGCCAAGCCACCACCCAGCACCACCACCAGCACCCUAUCAGCCAUUCAAACCACCCAUCACACCCAUCAAAGCAUCCCUCCAUUAAGAACAGCAUCCUUGACAAAAUCUCAGUAACGACCAGCCCAAUGGAAACUGGUAACUGGAACAAACUCGCGCAAUCCAAAUCCAACAAAAAAUUCCUAAACACAAAAAACACAACAGGGCAACUGGAUUUUUGGGGCAGCAAAAGUGUAUAUCAAGUAUACGCCACCGAAAAGACAGGCCACUGCCAAGAAAACCUAAACCUAAACCUAAACACACAAUCCCUCCCCCAAAUUGUGAAACGAACUUUGAUAUGAUUUCUCUCAUGCUGUGACAGUCAAUCGUUAUAUAUCGUUAUAUUUGAGAAGGAUCGAGCCGCAAAAGAAAAAAAAAACGGGACGAUUAGGUAGAUAGAUACGUAAAUGACAAACCAACAAUCCAAGCAAACUAUGAUCUUAAACUAAACACUAAAAACUAAAAGCUAAAAAAGUGAAAGUUAAACGAAACAUUCUAGAGAAAGGAAAGGAAAUUGGACGACAAGAAGGGGAUACGGACGAAUCGGAGUUUUUUUUUGUUUUUUUUUUGGGAAUCUUCAGCGAAUGUUGCUCAAAUCGAAAUCAACAAAUGGCCAACGACGAACGUGAUUAUUCGUUCCUGCAUUUAUAGGACCUACUGCAGUGCACCAAUUAGAAACCUUUCGCACACACCUAUCGCUUUUGUUCAAUAUUUAUACGCCACGCACUUUGGAUUAGUCGUAUGUAGGAAUUGAUUAUCGGUUUAUAUACAAACAUAUGGCAGCAGCACCUGUAUAUAUCCCUUGAUACUUGCAAUGGAUGGAGAGAGAAAGAAAGAGAAAGAGAAAGAGAGAGAGAGUAGAGAGGAGUUGGUCCGAUGUCUUCCAAUCCAAGCCAAGCCAAUAAAUCAAUCAAUCAAUCCAGAUGACGAUAAUAUGUUAGACGGACAGAAAGAAACGGAGCUAAAGGAAAUUUUUUAAUUUAUUAUUUUUUGCUAAAUUUAUGUAAUAGAGAACGUUUUGUAUAUACGAGAGUUAAUAUUUUGAUAUAACGUUUAUAAAUUAUAUUUACCAAUUAUAUUACGAUUACGGUUAUAUGAUGAUGAUGAUCUUGAAAGAUAUAAAUAUUAUUGAUGAUAUACCUCUGCAAAUCGUGCAAACAAUCACAACAAGCAAACACCAACUAGAAACCCACGAGCAACAAACAAUAUUUUGUCUUCGAGAAGAUAAGUUAAUUAUGAAAUUCUGUCAUUGACUUUACUUGAUUUUUUUUUGUUUGAACGACGACUACGAUUCUGUGUACUUUUUAAAAUCGAUAUAUAUGAAAUGGAAAUGCUGAUUUUUUAACACCAUAAUUUAUUUUCACAUCUAUUUACAUAAAACAUACCAGAUCUAUCUUAUAUGCAAUUAAUGUUAAUAAUUUAUGAAAACAACACAUUCGACACACACACACACACA